CUCUUCCUAGUACUAGCUGCGCCCCCCCCCCCCCCCAACCCCCUCGGGCGCCCGCUUCGCUCCGGCGACUCCACCCGGCCGCGCCGCCGGGAUCCGCCCCCCCGCAGGCCGCCCCUCGUCGUCGUCCUCGCUGGUUCCCCGCCGGCCCCGGCGCCUUUUCCUUCUGAUCCAGCCAGCCGCGUCGCGCGCGGCGCCGGGGGGCAUCGAAUUCGAAUCCGCGCCCUCGCCGUCGUCGUCGCCGCCGCCGCCGCCGGACAAUCCGGCGCCUGCCCCCUCCGUGCUCCCCCCGGCCAGAGGGAUUGCGGGACUGAUACGGCCGGGAUCUUGCUGGAAAUGGGGGGUUACGAGUACGCGACCAAUGGUUAUCAUCGGGGAAUGGAGGAUGACUAUGAAGACGAGUACUACAGUGAAGAUCCAUAUGAUGAGGAAGGGGAGGGUGCUGGUCAAGAGUAUGCCGAGGAGGAUGACGAGCCGCCGGAGGGACAGCAAGAGUUCCUUCAAAUUAGAGAACGAUUAAAGGAGCAGAUUAGGCGAAAGGCGCAGGCUGCUAGUGCUAGCGCUGCUGGCCGCUCAUCUUCCUCACAUGAUAGAAAACCUCAAUCCACUUUUGGAUCCUUCUUUGGGCCAUCCAAGCCGGUGAUUUCCCAGCGGGUAAUUGAAGAAAGAAAAUCACUGAAAGAACUACAGAACACAGCGUCAAUGUCCAGGGAUCGAAGGCCUUCUGCAAAGGAGAUACCAUCAUCAUCUAAAGUGCAAUCUAAAACAAAUGGACAUCACCACAAACAGAAGAUUGUAAAUGAGGCAAAAAGAAAGGCUGAGGCACUUAAGGAUAAUCGAGACUAUUCAUUUCUACUGUCAGAUGAUGCUGACAUUUCACCUUCUCCAAUGGAGAAACCUGUGGCUAGGUCCUCCUUGAGUCAGAAGUCUGAUCGCGAGUCGACACAUUCAGCUGUGAAGAGCAGAGCACCGACAGGCCAAACUGCUAGAUUGUCUAAUGGAUAUGGAUUGAAGAACACAUUGUCCAGUCAGAGGCAUACUGAAGGUAGGGUAGAUUCCAACAGAAAGGUGGCUGGUGCAAACAGAGAAAGGGUUGUCUUGCCUGACAAUGGAAGAAUGCAUAGUGUGGUUAGAAAUGGAUCCACCCAGGCUACUACAAGCAAAGCUGCAAGUCAAAAGCUUCCUAGCAAGGCUCCUAUUGCCAACAGGCCUCCUAUAAAGAGUGUAAGUGAUCAAUCUCUUAGGGCAAAUCAUUCAGCUUCAAAGCAACUUUUGUCACAGAAUGGGAGACCACAAUCCUCACAGAGUCAGAGGAUGCAGUCGACCUCGCAUGGUCAGAGGCCACAUCAACCUGUGCAAAGUCAGUGGCCGCUGCAGUCAUUGCAGGGCCGAAGGCCACAGCAGUCACCACAAAAUACAAGGCCACAACUGAUGUCGAAGAGUCAGAGACCGCAGCAAUCAUUACAGAGACAGAGACCACAGCUAUCCUCACAAAAUGAGAGAUUGGAAUCCUCGGAGAGGCAAAGGCCACCUUCACAAAGCUACAGGCCACAGUCGUCGCAAGGGCAGAGGCCUAGUUCAGUACAAGGCCGCCAGUACUCCGAGCAAAGAAGAAUCCAGGCAAAUGAUAGAGUAAAGUCGGCAGAAAGGCAGAUAAGGCCUCCCUCGAAACCCAUGCCAUCACGACAAAUACCUUCCAACGGAAUGCGUGAUGCCCAUGCAAAGAAAAAGCAACCGAUGAAACGAAGAUUUAAUGAUCUUAGCGAAGAUGAGGAAGAUCCGUUGGCAAUGAUCAGGAGCAUGUUUAGGUAUGAUCCUAGUAAAUAUGCAGGCAGAGAUGACGAUGAUAGCGACAUGGAAGCAGAUUUUGCUACUAUAGAAAUGGAAGAGCAAAGAAGCGCGAGAAUUGCAAAGGAGGAGGAUGACGAGCAACUUCGCCUGAUUGAGGAGGAAGAAAGACGUGAGCAGGAGAGGAAGAGGCGAAAGAUGGCGCGUGGCCGAUAGUAGCAGCUAAGUUGUACAAAUGCUUGAGUUACAGCUUGAGCAAGGCUUGAACUGCAAUUCCACGGUCGUACGGGCCAUGGUGCUUGCAGAUGAUAGCACGCUUUACCCCCAUUUAUUUGCCGUGCGAUUUCUCAAGAGAUCUAUCAAGAAAAAAACGGCAGGGAUCAAGCAAAACGGCAGGAGAACGAUGCUCCAACGUAAUGUGAAGUGGUGUAGCUUGUGCUGAAACUGUUAGCUGUGCCAACUACAGAUCUUUUUGAUGCUGACGCUGAUCGUGCAGAAACUUCUCCCGUGAGGGUGUGGUGAUGCCAACGUCCCUACACCUUGUCACUUUGUUGGGUUGUACAUGAUAUUCUUCCUCAUGUAGCUGAUUCGUUCUGUUGGUCGAGUACUAAAGAUGCCAGAAAUCAACUGGCGCCUGUCCGUGUUUGGAUUCGAUUUGGAUAUACCGGUGUUCUAAUAAACAAUGUUUUAGACAAUUAUUACUGGACUGGUUGAAUGAAUUAUUGAAGCGAUUAUCGGUUAG